AUGAAAAGCUCUUCAUUUUUGAUAAAAACACCGCUUCUAAUUAUGGAGAACAUAACAGAUAACUUAGAAAUCCCUAAACCUAGGCUCACUAAGAUAAAUCAUUCACAGUCAAGCCUAUCUUGCCUUGUUAUUAAAGAAAAUCGAUCGCCGUUAAGACUUGUUGCACAAAAGAGGAACAUACAGGCAAGUAAAAAGAUUAGAUUGACACUACCAAAAGAGGAUGGCGAGCCAAUUGCUACAACUCCUGUUAAAGAAGUGAAACCAAGAAGAAAAUCUCAUGAUGAAAAUGCUUCUCCAAUUAAUUUCGUUCAAGAUAUAAGUUUAGAUGAAGUAUGCCAUCCAAAAGGUCAAAAAAGAGCCACCACACCAAUUAGAAUACGACCAUCAAAACGUUUUAGACCUACGUAUAUAGAAUCAUUAGAACCAAUACCAGAAGGCCCUAUAUUUGCAUUUCUUUAG